AUGGCGGAUCUGGAGGCAGUGCUGGCAGACGUCAGCUAUCUGAUGGCGAUGGAAAAAUCCAAGUGUAUGCCGGCGGCCCGGGCAAGCAAGAAAAUCGUUCUGCCCGAUCCAAGCGUCCGAAGUGUGAUGCACAAAUACCUGGAGAAGGAAAAUGAGGUCAACUUCGAUAAAAUUUUCAACCAAGUGUUAGGAUAUUUACUAUUCAGAGACUUUUGCGACAAUGUCUCAGAGGAACCGGUGCCACAUUUGAAGUUCUACGAAGAGAUCAAAGCCUACGAAAAGACAGAGUGCCAUGACGAGAGGCGGAAACAGGCGCGAGAUAUCUACGACAAUUACAUCAUGAAGGAAAUGCUGUCGCACACACACGAAUAUUCCAAGGAAGCGGUCGCGCACGUCCAGAAGUAUCUGAUGAAAAAUGAGGUGCCAGUGAACCUGUUCGAGCCGUACAUCGAGGAAAUAUUUCACCAUCUGCGGGGCGAACCGUUUCGAAAGUUCCUCGAAAGCGACAAGUACACCCGCUUCUGCCAGUGGAAAAACCUGGAGCUCAACAUACAGCUAACGAUGAACGAUUUCAGCGUCCAUCGGAUCAUCGGACGGGGCGGUUUCGGCGAAGUGUACGGCUGCCGCAAAGCGGACACAGGGAAAAUGUACGCGAUGAAGUGCUUGGACAAGAAGCGCAUCAAAAUGAAGCAGGGCGAAACGUUAGCACUGAACGAACGGACAAUGCUGUCACUCGUCAGCACGGGGGUCGAUUGCCCAUUCAUCGUGUGCAUGACGUACGCUUUCCACACACCGGACAAGCUCUGCUUCAUCCUGGACCUCAUGAACGGCGGUGACCUGCACUACCAUCUGUCCCAGCACGGUGUCUUCAACGAAUCGGACAUGAAGUUCUACGCAGCGGAGGUAAUUCUUGGACUAGAACACAUGCACAAACGGUUCAUCGUGUACCGGGACCUGAAGCCGGCCAACAUACUGCUGGACGAGAACGGGCACGUGCGCAUCUCCGAUCUCGGGCUGGCCUGUGAUUUUAGCAAAAAGAAACCGCACGCAUCGGUCGGCACCCACGGUUAUAUGGCCCCGGAGGUCCUGUCCAAGGGUACGCCGUACGAUUCGAGCGCCGACUGGUUCAGCUUCGGCUGCAUGCUAUACAAACUGCUCAAGGGCCACUCGCCGUUCCGACAGCACAAAACCAAGGACAAGCACGAGAUCGACCGGAUGACACUAACGAUGCAACCUUCCUCCUUGCAGAACGUGGAGCUGCCGGAAUCGUUCAGCAAAGAACUGAGAGACCUGCUGGAGGGCUUGCUGCAGCGUGACAUCGACAAGCGGUUAGGCUGCAAGGGUGGCGGGGCCGAAGAGGUCAAGUCACAUCCGUUCUUUGCCGGUAUCGACUGGAAUCAGGUGUACUAUCAGAAGUAUACGCCACCACUAAUACCACCGCGCGGCGAGGUCAAUGCCGCGGAUGCGUUCGAUAUCGGUUCGUUCGACGAGGAGGACACCAAGGGCAUCAAGUUGACCGAGCAGGACCAGGAGCUCUACCGAUACUUCCCGCUGACGAUCUCCGAACGGUGGCAACAGGAGGUGGCAGAAACGGUGUUCGAAACCGUCAACACGGAGGCGGACAAGUUGGAACAGAAACGGAAAGCCAAACAGAAGCAGCGCUUCGAUGCGGACGAGAAGGAAUCGGAUUGCAUACUACACGGGUAUAUUAAAAAGUAUGGCGGUUCGUUCGCGUCCGUCUGGCAGACGCGCUAUGCCAAACUCUAUCCUAACAGACUGGAGCUACACACCGAAAGUGGCAGCACCAAACCGGAGCUGGUGUUCAUGGAUCAGAUCGAGGAGGUAUCGCCGGACUUUGUGCAGUUCAAGAACGAGCAGUGCGUGCAGAUCCGGUUUCGCGACGGUAUUCGCGAUGGCAAGCUGAUACUGACAAAUUCGGAUGAAAUUGGCUUGAAGGAAUGGGCCUUAUCACUGCGGGCAGCACAUAAAGAGAGCCAGGAGCUGCUCGGUUCGAUGGCGAAAAAGGCGGGCAAAAUUUACGGCACCGAAGGCCAACGGGGUGGUGGCGCGGAUGGGAAGCAGCUGGGCGGUGGAGGCGCUAGUAUGGUGAUCGCGAGCGGCGGCGCAACCGGCGGUGUGAUCGCUGCCGGCGGCCAGAAGAACGCGAACGGCGGUUCCAACUAG